CGGGGUUGCGCUAGAAGCCACUGUCGCACACCGGUCCCUCGCUCGCCCUGUCCCCCGGAUCGCCGCUGGCCGCCCGCCGGGCUCUCGGGGCCGGGCCGCCGGCAGCGUCGCCCGUCCUGUCCCUUUCUUGCCUGGCUCCAGAGGAGCACGGCGGGAUGGCGGCCGGUGGGUACGGCCGGUACCGGGCCGUGAUUUUCGCGGCCAUGUUCGUCGGGUACACGCUGUAUUACUUCAACCGCAAAACCUUCUCGUUUGUCAUGCCCUCCGUCAUGGCCGAGGUGCCGCUGGGGAAGGACGAGCUGGGUCUCAUCACCAGCAGCCAGUCCGCGGCGUACGCCAUUAGCAAGUUCGUCAGCGGCGUCCUCUCGGACCAGAUGAGCGCCCGCUGGCUCUUCUCCUCCGGCCUCCUGAUGGUGGGCCUGGUCAACGUGGUCUUCUCCUGGAGCUCCACCGUCACGGCCUUCGCGGGGCUCUGGUUCCUCAAUGGCUUGGCCCAGGGGCUGGGCUGGCCGCCCUGCGGGAAGAUCCUGCGAAAGUGGUUUGAGCCUUCCCAGUUUGGCACUUGGUGGGCAAUCCUAUCUACAAGCAUGAACUUGGCUGGAGGCCUGGGCCCCAUCGUUGCCACUCUUGUGGCUCUGCACUAUGACUGGCGCAUGACUUUGUCCUUCUCUGGCUUCAUCUGCGUGGUUGUCUCUUUUGUCUGCCUUGUCCUGAUUAAAAAUGAGCCGUCAGAUGUUGGGCUGCCCAACAUUGAGCAAGCAGACAAGAAAGGGAAGAAAGGUUCCUCCAGCAACAAUAGCACUUUGACAGAGCUGCUGCUCUCACCAUACCUCUGGGUGCUGUCAACAGGCUACCUGGUGGUUUUUGGAGUGAAAACGUGCUGUACUGACUGGGGACAGCUCUUCCUGAUCCAGGAGAGGGGACAAUCCAUGCUCGUGGGUAGUUCCUACAUAAGUGCCUUGGAGAUUGGGGGUCUGGUGGGGAGCAUUGCUGCUGGAUACUUCUCGGACAGAGCAGUAGCAAGAGUGGGUCUGUCGAGCUACGGGAACCCGCGGCACACGCUGCUGCUCUCCAUGAUGGCUGGGAUGUGCCUGUCCAUGUUUCUCUUCCGAGUGACAGUCACAGGCGAAUCUCCCAAGGAAAAUCACUUCUGGACUGUAGCCUUGCAGCCUCUAGCUGAUCUUACAGGCCUAAAAGAACAUGAGCUGUGGAUCCUGACCCUAGGAGCUGUGUUUGGGUUCUCCUCAUAUGGGCCAAUUGCCCUGUUUGGGGUCAUAGCCAACGAAAGUGCCCCGGCCAACCUGUGCGGCACAUCCCACGCCAUAGUGGCCCUCAUGGCCAACGUUGGAGGUUUUCUGGCUGGACUGCCCUUCAGUACCAUUGCUAAGCACUACAGCUGGGCCACAGCCUUCUGGGUAGCUGAGAUCAUCUGCAUGGGCAGCACAGUGGCUUUCUUCUUGCUGCGGAACAUCCGCACCAAGAUGGGCCACGUUCCCAAGAAGGCUGACUAAGGACAAGCUGCUCGGGGAAAUGGAGACUCCCACACCCACCUGGAUAAUAGGAGAUUUUAACUGGCCUAGGAGUUUACCUAUUGCUGCAACCUAGAUAAAAAUGGCACCAUUUCUCAUCCACUGUCACGUGUCUGAGGGCACAAGGUUCCUGCUACCGAUCACUUCUCCCCUCCAGAUGUGAUAAUUCAGCUAGUUUACAUUUGUGAUGAUUUUACUGUACCUCCUCCUCACAGCACUGUGGAAGAAGCUCUGCAGCCCAGGCUUCUCCACUGAAGUACUCUGAAAUGGCUGGCUUCAGGUGCCACUGUUCGUCUUGGCUCUUAGUUGUUAAUUCAGCCUCGUUGUCCUGGGGGCUGAAGCAAGCCGUGGCUGUGUUUGUUCACCCUGUGUCUCCACGUGCUUAGGCACAAGCUCCCCACGCAUGCUGCGCGUGCCCUGCAGCAGCAAUGGAGCAGUGAACGAUGGGGGCAGCCGUUUGGCCUCGCAGCUGAUCUGAGAGCAGCACGGUUUGAGCGUUACCUGGGGUUAGUUGCUGGGAGCGAGGGAAGUGUUUUGCUCCAGACGAGCAGCAGACCAGCAGAGUGCUAGGGCAGGACCCCACAGCACUCAGAAACAGGCACAGUUCCAAGGAGUUCUCAGCGUUUCAGGGCAGAGCAUUCAGGGAAGCUCCUUUCUGUUGAAUGGAUCCUGCCCUCUGUUGUUUCUGUCUGCAGUGUUAAUGAUUUGCCAGGGAGGCAGCUGCUGCCAGGCAGCUCUUAGCUAGUACUCUGCAAGUCAUCCAGGAAAAGUGACUCCCCCAGCAGGUACUGCAACAGCAGCUACUGCCAGGCACCAACUACUGCCAGGCACCAGCUGCUGCGGGUGGGCUUUGAGGAACUCCAUUUCUAGCAUGGGCUUGUAUUUUCUUCAGUACAAUCUAGGUUGUCUGGGGUCAAGAGCUGCUGCAUCUCACAGCUGCUGGUAUGGGCAAGGGGUACCUUGGGCCUGAGCAGAGCUCCCACCAACAGCCUGGCAGAGUGGGGCCCAGAGCUCCUUGUAAUAAGUAGACUCAGGUUUUUAACUGGAAUUUUGUUAAAUAUUCCUGUUUUUGCCCCAGAAAAUAUUUACUGCCUCAGGGUCCUGGAAGAGGCAAGUUCCACUCACAAAGGAACUGCACACAGGCUGAACAGCUUGGUUGCAAGAGUAGGUAGCCAGCCUUAAUUAAAACAAUGAAAGUGAAUUACAUUUUCUACUUAAUUAUUUAUGAUCUACUGUCUGUGAAAUAAAAGUGGAGCAGUGUCA